CGAUCUGCAGAUUUCUCCUCCAGCCCCAUAUCAGGGUGGUGGCUGGAACUUUCCAUCAGUUAUUCUCUCUCUCUCUCUCUCUCUCUCUCUCUCUCUCUCUCUCUCUCUCUCUCUCUCUCUCUCUCCCUGGCUGUACCUGUCACAGCAAAGUCAGUCUCAGACCUGCAGAGUAUGGUUGUUAAACUCUGUGAAAUUUGUCAUAAGGGUGUCAGGUAUUUCAAACUGGCUUCCAAGAAAAACCUCAGAUAAGGAAAUCUCCUGGAGUCUUUGCAAAGCUGCAUUUAGAGGCUCCCAGAAGGUGAAGAAGUAGAAGAAGGCAGAAGGAAAACAGCCAAAUAAAAGAUGUCCCCAGAACCAAAGGCUGAGCAGGGUAGGCCAGUUGAGGGUGAGAUAUACUCACUUCGCCUGGGGUUUGCUUGAGCACAAUCAAGUUCCUUCCCACUGAAGAUUGGAGCCUAAGCAAGAUUAUGCUGCUUUCACUUAGCCUUCUGUUGCCUGUAGUUUUUCAGUGUAGUUUUGUAACUGUCUCAGCCCAACAGCAUUGGAACUGUCCUGCCGAGGGAAAGGGGACUUCUACCUGCACAGGUUCUGCGCCCUUCUUGAUUUUCUCCCAUGGAAAUGGCAUCUUUAGGAUUGAUCCAGAAGGAACAAAUCACAAGCAAUUGGCAGUGGAUGCUGGUGCCUCUGUGAUCAUGGAUUUUCAUUACAAUGAGGAAAGAAUCUAUUGGGUGGAUUUAGAAAGACAACUUUUGCAAAGAGUUUUCCUGAAUGGGUCAAAGCAGGAGGUAGUGUGCCAUAUAGAGAAAAAUGUUUCUGGAAUGGCAAUCAAUUGGAUAAAUGAGGAAUUGAUCUGGUCCAGUCAACAGGAAGGAAUCAUAACAGUAACAGAUAUGAAAGGAAACAAUUCUCACCUGCUUCUAAACACCUCACAUUAUCCUGCAGACAUAGCAGUUGAUCCAGUCAAAAGGUUUAUAUUUUGGUCUUCAGAGGUAGCUGGUAGCCUUCACAGAGCAGAUUUGGACCAUGUGGAAGUGAAGACUCUGUUACGGACACCAGAGAAAGUAACAGCCUUGUCAUUAGAUGUGCUGGAGAAACGGAUCUUUUGGAUUCAGCAAAAUAGAGAAGGAAGUAGUUCUCAUAUUUGGUCCUGUGAUUAUGGUGGAGGCUCAAUCCAUUUUCUUAAACAGCAAACAAGACAUCAUUUGUUUGCCAUAUCCCUUUUUGGUGACCGCAUCUUCUACUCAACACUGAAAAGGGAGACAAUCUGGAUAGCCAGCAAACACACAGGGAAGGAUAUGAUUAGAAUGAACUUCAACGCAUCCACUGAAGCACCCGGUGAACUUCGAAUAGUGCAUCCCCUUGUACAGCCCAGCAUGGAGCAUGGUGCUUGGGACUCUGGACAGAAACUCUGCAAACUAAAGAAAGGAAACUGCAGCCGGGGCCUGUGUGGGCGAGACCCCAAGUCCCACUUGUGCGCAUGUGCGGAGGGCUAUGCUUUAAGCCCAGAUGGAAAGCACUGUGAAGAUGUUAAUGAGUGUGCCCUUUGGAGUCAUGGCUGUACUCUUGGGUGUGAAAACGUCCCCGGAUCUUAUUAUUGCACGUGCCCUGCUGGCUUUGUCCUCCUUCCUGAUGGGAAACGGUGCCACCAAUUUGUUUCCUGUCCAAGCAACACAAGUGAAUGCAGCCAUGGCUGCGUGCUGACACCAGAGGGCCCCCUGUGCUUCUGUCCUGAAGGCUCAGCACUUAAGACAGAUGGAAAAACAUGCAGUGGCUGCUCGUCACCUGACAAUGGCGGAUGCAGCCAACUCUGCAUCCCUCUCAGCCCAGCAUCCUGGGAAUGUGGAUGCUUUCCUGGGUAUAACCUACAGCCGGACCACAAAAGCUGUGCAGCCGCAGGACCACCACCAGUUUUACUGUUCGCCAAUUCUCAAGAUAUCCGACGCAUGCGCUUUGAUGGCACUGAGUACAGAACACUGCUCAGCCAGCAGGUGGGGACCGUGUUCGCCCUGGAUCACGACCCAGUGGAAAACAAGCUCUAUUUUGCCCACACAACCCUGAAAUGGAUUGAGAGAGCUCGCCUGGAUGGCUCUCAGCGAGAGAGGCUCAUUGAGGAAGGAUUAGAUAUGCCCGAAGGUCUUGCUGUGGACUGGAUUGGCCGUCGAAUCUACUGGACAGACAGAGGGAAGUCUGUCAUUGAAGGGAGUGAUUUAAGUGGCAAACAUCGUCAACCAAUCAUUAAGGAGAACGUCUCUCAGCCACAAGGAAUCGCUGUGCACCCGGCGGCCAAGAGAUUAUUCUGGACAGAUACUGGGAUUCAUCCGAAAAUUGAAAGUUCUUCCCUACAAGGCUUCGGCCGGCGGGUGCUAGCCGAUUCUGAUCUGUUGGAGCCCAACGGGAUUACCAUUGACUAUUUGACAGACACAUUGUAUUGGUGCGAUGCCAAGCUGGCAGUCAUUGAAAUGGCCAAUCUGGAUGGUUCCAAACGCCGAAGACUUGCCCAGAAUGAUGUAGGUCGCCCCUUUGCCCUAGCGGUGUUUGAGGAUCACCUGUGGAUCUCGGACUGGGCUAUGCCAUCGGUAAUAAGGGUGAACAAGAGGACUGGCACAAACAGGGUAUGUCUCCGAGGCAGCAUGCUGAAGCCCUCGUCUCUGGUUGUGGUCCACCCAUUGGCAAAACCAGGUGCUGAUCCCUGCUUACAUCAGAAUGGAGGCUGUCAACAGAUUUGCCAGGAGAGCUUGGGAACUGCUCAGUGUUCCUGUCGUGAAGGUUUUACAAAAGCCCCGGAUGGGAGGAUGUGUCUUUCUCUGAAGAGUCAUCCGCCAGCGGCUGGUGCUGAAGGAGAUGGAGGCGACGGCAUGGCACUGUUGGGCCACGUAGCCCAAUCUGGAGCAUUGGAAGAUAACGUCACCGCACCACAGGACAUGUUAGUGGAAAUCAUGGUGUCAGGUGGAGAUGACUGUGGCGCUAGCGGAUGCGGGAGGCACGCCACGUGUGCCUCUGAAGGCGAGAAUGCCACGUGUCGGUGUUUGCAAGGGUUUGCUGGUGAUGGAAAAGCAUGUGUUGAUAUUGAUGAAUGCACACUGGGUACUGCGGCCUGUCCUCUUGCCUCUUCCAAGUGCAUUAAUACUGAAGGCAGCUACGUGUGCCAGUGUUCAGAAGGCUUCCGAGGAGAUGGGAUUCACUGUCUGGAUGUGGACGAAUGCCAGCUGGGGGUUCAUGGCUGUGGAGAGGAUGCUGAUUGCCUGAAUACGGAAGGAGGCUAUACCUGCCUGUGUGCCGGCUACCUAUCUGAACCUGGGCUGCCGUGUUCUGAUUCAACUUCACCUUCUCCCCUUGAGGAAGAUAGGGGCCAUCUGGUCAGGAAUAGUUACCCCGGAUGUCCGCCCUCCCAUGACGGGUUCUGUCUCCAUGAUGGCGUGUGCAUGUACGUCGAGGCAGUAGACAGCUAUGCAUGCAACUGUGUGGUGGGCUACAUCGGGGAGCGAUGUCAACAUCGAGACUUGCGAUGGGAGCUGCGGCAUGCAGGCCACGGGCAGCAGCGGGACAUCACCGUGGUGGCGGUCUGCGUGGUGGUGCUGGUCCUGCUGCUUGUUGCUGGAUUGUGGGGGGCACGCCACUACAGGAUUCGGAAGCAGCUAUUGAAAAACCCAAAGAACCCUUAUGAAGAUCCAAGCAGUGAUGUGAACGGCAGCGGUGUGAGCGGCAGCAGGCCUACCAGCAGCGAGGCAGAGACCCCUUCUUGUUCCCAGCCAUGGUUUGUGGUCAUAGAGGAACACCAAGACUUUGGGAACAAGAGACAGCCCACUGCUGGCGAGAAGGGCCAGGCAGCAGAGCUGGGGUCUGGCGAUCGGUUCUCUUUACCUGGAUCCUGACUGCUUUCUCAUCAAAGGUUUUAUCUGACCACCCAACAAUAAUGACGAUUGCAUAGGCUACGUGCACAGCAGGGCACAUAAAAACCAGAUGGUUUUAGAGAAAAAAAUUUGGACUGUAUUUCUAUCCUCUAUGGGGUAACUGUGUUCACACCAAUCUCUAGUUGUCACACAACUGUCUGAUAGAUCACUUUGAGCAAGGCCAUGGCGAGUGAUUCUCCACAUCUUGGGUUAGGUAGGACUUGAGAUGGAUUCCAUCUAUCUUUGUGUCAUUUCAGUGACCUUGUGAGUGGUCCAAAACUGUUCCUGUGAGAGGAAGUGGGCCUGGAGUUGCCCUUGGGGCCUCAGGGGGGUUCAAGUCUUAUCAGGGGCUAGACACCAAGCAGAACUCUCGCUGUCCAUUAUGUCUAGCUGGGUCUCAGAGAGAUGGUACAAUCAACCAAAGGUCUCAUAGUCUUCCGAAACUCAAUCUGCGCCAGGUAGAUCUGGAAUCAGGCAUCUUUUAAUACACUACUUUUAUCAAGAGUGGUGUUAGGGUUGAAUCCCAACCUUUUAGGAUUGAAUCCCACCACCUAUCAUCAUUCUUUUUUUGAGGGGAUAGGGGCAUGGACUGGAGCAUGAACUCAGGGCCUUGUGCUCUCUCUCAGCUUUUUCUGUUCAAGGCUGGUGCUCUACCACUUGAACCACACUGCUACUUCCAGCUUUUGGCUACUUCAUUGGAGAUAAGACUCUCAUGGACUUUCCUUCCCUGGCUGGCUUCAAACUGCAAUCCUCAGAACUCUGCAUGCAUCCUGAAUGAUUGAGAUUGCAGGCGUCAGUCAUAGAAGCCUGGCGCAUGGCUUUGGUUACCUUCCAGAGGACCUUGUGAAAUGUGCUUUUGUGUCAUAAAUCUUUAGAAAGGCUUCUGAAGAAUCUUCAAGACAACAAAAAUGGUUCCCCUGCUAAUAAAAGGAGUCAGCUAAGUCUGAACACCCCUUAGUUUUCUGAUAUUUCCCUUCUUGCCUUCUUCUACCAACAGAAACAGCAUAAGGUUCUUAUUCUAGAAAGCUCUAAAUUCUCCUCUUACGCUUAUUCUGCCAAAGUGCUGAAUUCCGUAAAAUUUUAUUGCCAGUCCUGGACACUUAAUAAUUGAACA